AAUGCUCAAAUGAAAACCAUUCUUGCUGUGCUUCCAAGCCUAAACAUUCACUUUGAUAAGUGAGAACCUAUUAUAUUUAACUGAGUUUUCAUUCAACUUGCUCACAUGUCGUGGCCUAGUAAAAUAUACAAUGGCAAUAUUUGCAGUGCUUGAUUAGCAAAUACUUAGUCACGUGCGUCAAAGCUUAAAGGGCUGGAAAUGAGUCAGACGAAAAACCUCAGUUCUAAAUUGACAAUCAAAUAAGUAGCUUAUUUAGCGUAGGCCAAUGUUCGAAUAGAAAAUCUCCAGGAGCGUUUUAAGAUCUAUCAAGUGACCUGGCACAAAAGAGAUAAACGCGCCUUAUCAGCAGACGUAGACUGUCUACAAGAAUGUGCCCUUUUGCAACCCCAAAUAGACGUCAUCUUAUCGUCAUCUCCGGCAUUAAAGCGCAAACCCAAAAAUGGCACUCCGAGUUCCAAGAACCGAUAUCUAAAAAAAAAGAAACAAUUGGAGAACAAAAGAUCAGUGCCACACACACCUUAUCAGCAGCAGGGCACCAAAGGAGUUGGACAAAUGAGGCCGCAAAACACUUUUGGAAUAGAGCAAAAAUUGAAUUGAACAAGAGUAGCCCAAAAACACAUGUAUGACUUUUACAAAAGGCGGCGACAUUGAAAAACACAGCAGAUAAUAGAUUUCAAAGAGGAACAAACACGAAUUGAAUGAACCAGACAAUCGAUGGGCGCGCGUUUCGCCACCUACUGAUCCGGAAAAACUCGGAUUGUAUUGUAUCUGAAAUUCUAAAGAUGCCAGCAGAACGCACGCAAGAAUAAACAUGACCAGCAGAUAGGGAUGCCCAACGGGCGGGCUUACGAGUAGGUAAGUGGGCUGGGAUGGGAUGGGUUGGGUUUGGAUUUGAGUUUGGGAUUGGGAUUGGGUGGCAUGAAAGCGUGCGCAGGCAAAUCUUGCGGGUUUAUGAUCUUGUUUUCGUUUUGCAAAAAGAAAAUUCCGCGUCGAUUUGUGUAAACAAAGUUAUAAAACUUGGGGGGGAUUACGAGAAGCGGCAGAUAAGGCUUUCGCCAUAUAAGCUAGUGUGCCAGGCCACAGGACAGCACUCAAUCGAGAGACUUCGAGAAGAACACACUCACCAAACCAUACCAUACCGCAUCAUACAAUGGAGCACCAUCACAUCUACCGCCACAAAAAGUUCGACAUGGCUCGCAAGACCGAGAAUUGCGAUUUGCUCCUCAAGGAGGAGCUAAUCUCGCGGAGCGGCACACCCUGCACCAGUCGGAGUCCGUUCGAUGAGGCAAACCAGUCCCUCAGUUUGGGAUUCAGCGACCAGGAUGCUGACUUUCCUCCGCUGCCGAAGCGCCGUCGUUUGGGAUCCUCAUCCUCCAGCGUGUCCUACCACUCAGCCAGUCCCAUCAUAACCGAGGCCAUCCAAGACAUCUUCAAGUACCACGUCAACAUGGUGCGGAAAUUCCCCAAGAAGGAGCGCUCGCCGAAGGAUCAGGAGCGCCGCAACAAGAACACCAUUGCCUGCAGGAUGAGUCGGCGGAAGAAGAAGUUCGAUGACCUGCAGAUCGAACAGCAGUACAAGGAGUGCUCCGUGGAGCACCUCAAGAUCGCCGAGCAGAGUCUGCGCGCCAGGGUCUAUCUGAAUCACCUCAAGCAGCUGGUCAAGCAGGAAGACCACCCGCUGGUCUCCUCCAGGAGAGCUCCGGAGGAGAAUACCAAAAGGAACUUUAGCAUCGACUACCUGAUCGGCGGCAUUAAGCAGGAGAAUGCGUAG